AUGGGCCCGACCCCACAGGAGCAGAAGGCACUCGAAGACCUUUGGUGGUAUGUUCGGAGACAGGGUGGAGUGCUUGCGUCCUUCCGCAUCGCCGAGUUCUGCCAGAAGUUCCCAGCGCAUCGGGGCAAGCACUUCAAGCAACUCUGCAAAAGCUCUUCUGACUUCAUUGUGGCGGACCGCGUAGACGGGGGAUAUACGAUCCGAUUGGUCUGGGCGGAAGAGGAAGCCGUCCGCGACCUGGCGGCCUUCAUCCGAUCCCUGGGUCGACCACUUCGCUCGAAAGAGUUCCCCGACUUCCAGUCCUCCCAUGAGGUGUCGGCUGCCGUGGUGUAUUCGGGCGACAGAACGCUACGAAAAUUCUGCCAAGAGCAUGGCGACAUUUUCACUGUUGACGCAACCCCCGAGAGCCCGGCCUUUUCCAUUCGACUUCACACGCAGACUCCCAGCGCUCCUAGCGAUGAGCAGCUGCUUUCAGACAUUCUGACCUUCGUGAGUGAACAGGGCGGCUCAGUUUCCUCUGAGUGCUUCGCUGGUUUUUUUGAAGGGCAUCCGUCGCGCCGGGAAGCAAUCCCCAGCUUGAAAGUGUUCUUCUCGAGACAUGCAGCUCAUUUCGUUGUCUCCGAGGGCACAAACUCUCCACACUGGCGGGUGACACUGGCAUCUUCCGCAUCGUCAGCCAAGCUUGCGGCCCGCCUUGCAAUUUUCCUAGAAGAUUGUGGCCAACCAAUGGCGUGUGACAAGCUCGAAGGAUUUUGCGAGAAGAACCCACCAUUCCGCAAUAUCGUUGAACGUGGAAACCUGCGUAGAUUCUGCGAGCAGCAUCCAGGACUGCUCAUCUACGAGGCUUUGUCGAAGGAAACAGAUAAGAUCAAGCUGCCCAAGCAUUGUUGUCUGUUUCUGCGGGGUAUCUGCAACUUCGAUGCGCCCCACGGCAACUAUCUCCACGCGAAUCCUUUGCCUGCUGGAGCAAUUCGUUGCGGGUAUGGGCGGAGAUGCCAACGUGGGCACUGGCAGAGCAUCGAACGCUUGGCAGACUUGCAGGCAGAGGCGACGGAAGUGGAGGUAGCUGCAGAUUCGGCCGGGAGCAAAGCGCCGUCAGACCCUGGUAGCGACUCCGAAAGCAGCUCUUCAGAGUCCGGUACGCAGCAAGGCUCACUGGAGCUCUCCGCUAGCGACAUUGGUUGGAGUCACGACUCUAUCAAGGUUCGUUUCCGGAAUGGGGUGCUGCUGGUGGAUACUUUGAAGGAGUUGGUGGAUGGGAGGCUGCUUCCUUCCCAGCUCCCAAGCUUUUCUGUGUGGGCAGCCGGCAGCCUUUGGUACGCCAUCUCAGGGAAUCGGCGCCUUUGGGUCUUAAAAGAGCUCUCCUUGAUUACUGGUAGAGCGGUGAAGGUGAGGGUCCGGCAGCUACCGGCUGGGGCACACAUGUCUAACUGGUUCCGGCGCAAGUUCUCCACAAGCUGCAACGGCAUCUCCGUUGAGUACCGGGCCAACCGUGGAUGCCAUGCCAGUAUGAAGAUGGCCUUGUCUUCGUUGAGGGGCGCCAGCACCACCCUGACAGCCCACGAGAAGCUCCUUGCCCAGGAGCUUCAUCGGUGCGGUGGUCGUGCGCCUUUGCUGGAGCUGGAAAGCAGGUUUGGGGGCCAGUUCUCGGUGCCGGAGCUUGUGACAUCGAAGCCCCAGCUCUUCACGAGAUCUCCGUCGGACGAGUCCGUGAUCUUCACGCCUGUGAUCCCCUACAGGGGCAGCUGCCAGGGCACGGCCGGCAGUGCGUCGCCGGCUCCGGCAAAAGAUCAUCCCAAGGCGGCGGCAAAAGCCACGUCCCUGACCUACAAGGCUCCUCCCCCUGCGAAGUGUCAGCUGGUGGCGAUCUCCCCGCCCCAUCCGGCUCAGGGUGUGAAGGCUUCUCCACCCCCACCGCCUUUGCAAGCGGAGCCCGUGCCCAAACCGCCACCAGCCCAGUGGCUCGCCCCACCCUCAAACCCAGCACCUCCGCCUCCCCGCCCUCCAACCGAGGCAAAGCCAAGGCCAAAGCCAAAGCCGCCCCCACCCCCAUGUGCGAGUGACGGUGAAGAUGCCGAUGAUGCAGCUUCAGUGACACCGCCAGCGACGCCAAGAGCCGAUGCAGGGAAGCAGGAGGAAGGCACCCCGAUGCCUGCCGACAGAUUCCCAAGCGACGGCUUCGCGGCCGCAGCCCGCAGCGAAAAGACGGCGCCCAGCCCCACUGACAUGGCGGUGGGUUGGGUGCUAUCCCGGGCCGGAGGAGCCCUGCCUCGUCUCGAACUGAAGAGGCGGUGUAACAAGGUCUCCACGCUGAAGCUGAAGUACCUGAAGGACAAGCGGCACCUUUUCACUGCGGAGGAGGGCGAGGAUGGGAUGAUCACCUUUACGCCAGCGCCGAAGGCCCCAGAGUCGAGCCAGGAUUCGUCGGCUUCACCCGCGCCAGCCUUGCCUGCAAGUGCACGCGGACCGACGAGCUCAGGGCAGGAGAAUCAGCGAAUGGCCACCGAACAGGCUGCAGGGGCGCCCUCGCAGCCUCCGAGAUCCGUGGCGGGUCCACCACCCCAGCAGCGGCCACGAAGCCAGCCGCCGCGGAUUCCGGCACCGCUCCCUGCGAACCCAGCUUGCUCUCUUCAGCGCUGCGUCUGUGACCUUGAAGGCUUGCUCUCCAAGUUGCCGGCAAAGAUCUUCGAAGCUAUGAGCUUGGGUAGCUACGUGCGACUCCUUCACAGCUUCAAGGCCCAGCGGCUGGUGCUGAGGAGCGGGAAGCCGUUGCAAGUGGCCUUGGCCUCAAGCUGGAUUCCCCCUUCCGAGCUUCCGGAAGUCCCUCUGUCACAGCAUGACCUCCUGGCCGUGGUGGAGCAGCUUGGGCUGAAAACUGCGGGCUCCGGCCUUCAACGCAUCCCUGGCUCCUCGCACCGCGCCAGCCUCUGCUAUCACGGCACCAGCCUUGAUGCGCUGGUCUUGCACGUGACGCGGCUUCUGCCAGGUGUCAGUGAACCGAUCCAUCCGCUCUCCCAAACCUCUUUGCUGCUGCUGGGCCCUGCGAGCUGUGGCAAGACCACGGUGCUCCGGGACCUCAUCUCCACCUUGUCAUCAAGAUACCAGGUGGUGGUCGUCGAUCCUCUGGCCGAGCUUAGCUCCUGCGGCUUCCGCUACGCCCGGGCUCUCUUGCCAUCGGAGGAGUGCGACAACAUGGCCUCUUUCCUGCAGCGGGUGAUCUCUGAGCACAGUCCCGAGGUUGUCGUCGCCGAGUUCAUCGAUGGAGAUGUUGCCCUCAAGUGUGCGCAGCUGUGCUACGAUGCCGGGGUCCGGCUGGUCUGCUCGCUUCGGCAGUCCUUCCCUGGCCUGGUAGAAGCCUUCCUCCGCUGCCACACGGGAUUGUUUGGAUGCUGCGCUUUUCCUUUUGGUACGGUGGUUGCCCUCCGCCGGGAGCUGGACGUAUUGCAAGUCUACAGCCCUGCCGGCGCCGUCGUCUGCUGCUCGGCUCAACCUUCUUCAUUUCCGAUGUCUCCAGUAGAACCCGUAGAGCAUACCCCAAACCCGAAGAGCAGCAUUAAUAUAAUAACUAGAACAAACUGUAAUUUUAAUAUACUCUACUAUACUAUACUGUAA